AUGACGGCGAGUGUGGCGCAGCUGCGGGGGUGUGCGAUUGGGGACUUCGUGACGGUCCUGCCGGUGCCGCCGCAGUCGGAGGUCCGCAGGGGGGUUCUGCGAUUCGUCGGGCCGACCGCCUUCGCCGCCGGGUUGUGGGCGGGCGUCGAACUCGUCGGCAGCAGCGGCCGCAACGACGGGAGUGUGAUGGGGCGCGUGUACUUCGAGUGCCCGCCGGGGCAGGGCGUCUUUGUGCGGCCGGAGCUCGUCGUGCCGUACACCCCAGCGGCCCAGUCGGCGGAGAAUGAGGAGAAGGAGAAGGAAAAGGAAAAGGAAAAGAAGACGGCUGCUGGGAUGCUGCAGUUGGUGGAUGUGUUGCGGGGGGAUAUUGGGCGAUUGCAGCAGGAACUGCAAAAGACAACAGGGGAGUUGGAAAAGGUGCGGGCAGAUCUGGUGGAAAGUACGGCGGAACUUGAAAAGGAGAGGGAAAAGGGAAGAACACUAGCAGAGAGGCUGGAGAUGAUGGUAUCUCAGGAAAAGAGCACAAAAAAAGAGGAUGAGGAAAAAAUCAAAGAAGAGAAGGAAAUAGAGAUGCAACGUUUACAGCAGCAUUGUGUGGAUUUGAAAGAACUCUGUGAUAUACAAGAGGAGGAGAUCAAUCGACAACGCGAGCACGCCGAUGAUCUCGCACAACUUAUUGAAGAUGAACGUCACAAACACGUGGAAGAACAGAAUGAACUACAGCAGAUGAUACAGCAACUUGAAGAAGAACUCAACCAACAACGACGGUUAGUGAAUGAGAGUAAAGAAAAUAAUGACUCCGUAAGCAAAAUAGAGGUGGAAGAGAUGAGACUACAGAUUUUUCAGCUUCAGCAGGAAAGAGAAGCUUUUCGGUUACUUAAGGAAAGAUAUGAAAAUCUUCACACAGAACGAGAACAAGAACGUAAAGAGUACGAAACAAAAUGCAAACAGACAUCAUCUGAGUAUGAAGAGGCCCUCACACAACAGAGAGAGUAUAAAAAUCGCCUUAUGGAUGAGAUUCGAAAUUUGCAGCAACAGAUAACGGAUAUACGUCGUAGUCACGAGCGUGAACGUGUGUUACACAUGCCUCUUAGUGUAGCUGAAAGAGAGGAAUAUGAAUUCCAGCUUUCUCAAACGCGGUGGGAACUCAUGCAAGUUUAUGAAAAUAUAUUCGCAAAACGUUAUGAUCAAUUUUUGGCACCUGUCUCUCGAUGGGAUUCACCAGGUGUAGUUAUUCAAACGAUGAGUGAUGCGAUAUCAUCCGCAGCACAUGUAUUGCCAUUUACCACAGUUGAUCAAUGUCUGCAUUCCCGCAUGGUACUCUUUCAACAUCAAGAUCAUAAGGAGUAA